CUGGUUAUUGUUGACGUAGCCAGUUUCACACUGUACUCGGCGGUUGUAAGUCGGCUGAUUGUAGAAGUGAGCACCGGGGUUGACACUGCUAGAGAAUGGUGGGCCUUUGCAGGGGCACGUGAGGCACAAUUCGAAUUCGGGACGGUUGAAAUCGAUGCGCCUCAGCUUCGGGCAACCUGGAUGACAGACCUAACGUUACCAGCCGGACAAUUUAAUGCUUCACAGUCGAGGCUCUGAACGUCUUCAGCUGCUAUCCAGUUACAAUUUGGGGGAAGGACGUGGAAAAGCCCCAGAGACGGACAUUCACACGCCAGAAGGAAGUCUUGAAACACCGAAAAUUCUUAAAGAGGCCUCGCAGCACUUAAAAUCACACCGGAAAAGCACUGAGAUAUUGGUUUAAACGCUGUUUCCUUUGGAUUAUUGCUGAUUGCGGUGCUUUUGGUCAAACUGGUACCACCCCGCAACUGGAGCAAAAGCUUAACAAAACGAUCUUUGACCUUCUGCAUCACAUGUGGUACUGAACGUUUUCAGUAUUGUCGUUAAAUCAAUAGUCCAGUAUUUUUUCUACGUUGACGGCCUGUUUCAUCACUGAUCACAGUUACUUCAUUCCCAGAUACUAACGUUAUACACACCCUGUCAUCCUGUUCCCUUCUAAACUUGACAUUCCCAGAAAGAAAUCUUGAAGAAAAACAAGCAACGCUGUACUGUCUCUUAAACAAACAGUAUCAUACUUUUUUUGGGAAGGUGUUAAGUAUUUAUGAACAGUUUACAAGAUGGGGAAGAUGCUGUCAAAGAUAUUUGGUAACAAAGAGAUGAGAAUAUUGAUGCUCGGAUUGGAUGCCGCAGGGAAGACCACCAUCCUUUAUAAGUUGAAGCUCGGCCAGUCCGUGACCACCAUACCCACCGUCGGUUUCAACGUGGAGACGGUCACUUAUAAAAAUGUCAAGUUCAACGUGUGGGACGUCGGUGGACAGGAUAAGAUCCGUCCCCUCUGGCGACAUUACUACACGGGCACUCAAGGGUUAAUUUUUGUGGUGGAUUGUGCGGAUAGAGAUCGCAUAGACGAGGCCAGGCAAGAACUCCACCGCAUCAUCAACGACCGCGAGAUGCGGGAUGCCAUCAUUUUGAUUUUCGCCAACAAGCAAGAUCUACCGGACGCCAUGAAGCCACACGAAAUCCAGGAAAAACUGGGACUGACCCGCAUCCGAGAUAGGAAUUGGUACGUGCAGCCCUCCUGUGCGACCACCGGUGACGGACUGUAUGAGGGGUUAACUUGGUUGACAUCUAACUACAAGUCUUAAUGACACCGUUUGGCACUGACUGUUUAGGACAAAUGAACUAAAUAUUGGAGAAAAUCAGAUGUCUCCAACAAAUAUUCGUAAUAUUUUGAUUUAUAGUUAACAUUUAUUUUUGUUUUGAGUUGAACCUUCUCUUUAAAAUAUAAUGGGUUUGGUUUGCUUAUAGUUUUCUGUGUAUUGUGGCAUACACUUGUCACACACCAUGGACUGUGGCUUAACAUGAUAAAGCAUUCCUGAUUAAAGAGUCUCUAUUUUUUCCUUUGACAGUAUAGGUUUUUUAUCUUUGUUGUCUUUAGCUUGUUUCUUUGAGAAAGUCAAAAAUCUGUUGGUUUGUCUCCGACAACAGGUCCAUCAGUGUGUUAAAAGACAUUUUGACAUCUACUGUAGCAAAUCACAGUUUUGCUGAGGAGGUAGUAGCAUACUAACUGUAAGUAGCUAUGUGGUGAAACGGACCUUAAACCGUGCCAUAGUUAUGAUAUCACUGACAUCCAAACUUGUAAAUGAGUCCAUGGAACAUUUUAUGCAAAACGUUUGGGCUAUAAUAAUGGAAGUAACAGUUGUCAUAGGCAUAACUUAUUUUCACAUAAUCAAACAGAGUGAUGUCUUGUGCUCGAAAAAAAAAAGCUUGAUAAAAACGUCAGGAUUGUUUGUUGACAGAGGGAUGCAUUUUGUAUCCCUUUUACCAUUUAGACUUAAUGCAUUGACCAGAUUGUCAUUGACUUACAGUUAUGUUUCUAAAAUGUGGGAUUAUUCCAUUCUUGCAUUUCCAGUGUAGUGCUCAUGGUAGAGUGAACUAAUUUUUAAGAGAAAUGCUUCAUUCUAUUCGUUUCAUCUUUUUUGCUUUACUCCAUUUGAGAAACAUGUACAGAAUCAGCUAUGUAAUUGUAACUUCGAAUUAAACUUAGUCAUUUUAA